GCCCACAUCGUAGCUGGUAUAUGGGGAGAGUGGCUGCUCCGGGCACCGGUGGGCUGGUGGUGUCUCUGCUGUCCGUGGUUCCCUGUCUGUCCUGCCCGCAGCCCAGCACGGCGGGCCCCGGGCUCAGAGACAUGAGCAAUUCAGGAUGCGCUCUGCAGGGCACGCCGGCCGCCCCUGGUCCCGACACGUACAAGGGCUGGCUGUUCAAAUGGACCAACUACCUGAAGGGGUAUCAGAGGCGCUGGUUUGUGCUGAGCAACGGGCUGCUGUCUUACUACAGGACGCAGGCUGAGAUGGCACACACAUGCCGCGGAACUAUUAACCUAUCUACAGCUCACAUUGACACAGAAGAUUCAUGUAAUAUUGUCCUGUCAAACGGUGGGCGGACGUAUCACCUUAAGGCAAGCUGCGAGGUGGAGAGGCAGAGAUGGGUCACAGCUUUGGAGCUGGCCAAAGCCAAGGCUAUCCGUAUGAUGAACAACCAGUCAGAUGACUCUGGGGAUGAAGAACCAAGUUCUCAGUCUGAGAAGAGCGAGUUGCACAGCUCCCUGAAGUCUCUGACCAAUAAACUGGAUGACCUCAGCACAUGUAAUGACCUCAUCGCUAAGCAUGGCGCUGCACUUCAGCGCUCUCUGAGUGAGCUGGAGAACCUGAAACUGCCGGCCGAGAGCAGUGAGAAGAUCAAAUCUGUUAAUGAAAGGGCCACUCUCUUCAGGAUCACUUCCAAUGCAAUGAUCAAUGCAUGUCGCGACUUCUUGGACUUAGCAGAAACUCACAGUCGGAAAUGGCACCGUGCUUUGCAGUAUGAGCGUGAGCAAAGAGUCCGCUUGGAAGAGACCAUUGAGCAACUAGCAAAACAACACAACAGUUUGGAACGAGCCUGCCGAGGAACACCUGGCCUGUCCUCUAACACUACAGGAGUUACCAACACUGCAAAAGGGAAUGUACAAGCUGUAAAGGGGGAAGCCAGUGAUGAAGAUGAGGACACAGAGUACUUUGAUGCCAUGGAGGACGCACCAGCCUUUAUCACAGUAACAACUGACCCAAAACAGCACAGGCGUUCUGGCAGUAAUCUCAGCAGUGCUAGCGGAAGUCAUCCAGAAGACUGGCAUCUAGAAGACAAUGUAUUCCAUAGCUCACAAGAAGGCGGGUACUGUGGGUCUAAACGCAAAGAUCUCUUGCCUAAAAAAAGGAGAAGGACUCGAAUUCCAGACAAACCAAACUACAGCCUUAAUCUCUGGAGUAUAAUGAAAAAUUGCAUUGGCAAAGAGCUAUCCAAGAUUCCUAUGCCUGUUAAUUUCAAUGAGCCACUCUCCAUGCUACAGAGACUCACUGAAGACUUGGAGUACCAUGAGUUGCUGGACAAGGCAGCAAAAUGCGAGAAUCCAAUAGAACAGAUGUGCUUUGUCGCCGCUUUCUCUGUGUCUUCCUAUUCCACCACAGUUUAUCGGACUGCAAAACCAUUCAAUCCUUUAUUAGGAGAAACGUAUGAACUGGACCGACUAGAGGAUUUAGGAUUCCGAUCAAUUUGUGAGCAGGUCAGUCAUCACCCGCCAGCUGCUGCCCAUCAUGUCUACUCCAGGAACGGGUGGAAUCUGUGGCAGGAAAUCACAAUUGCUAGUAAAUUCAGGGGCAAAUAUCUCUCUAUUAUGCCAUUAGGGGACAUCCACCUGGAGUUUCCUGCCACCGGCAACCAUUAUGUGUGGAAGAAAGUCACCUCCACCGUGCAUAACAUCAUUGUUGGCAAGCUCUGGAUAGACCAGUCUGGAGAUAUAGAGAUUACGAAUUAUAAAACCAAGGACAAAUGCCAAAUGAAAUUCACCCCAUACAGCUACUUCUCCAGGGACAUUGCAAGAAAGGUCACUGGUGUUGUGACAGAUCCAAACAGAAAAGCACAUUAUGUCCUGUCAGGAACAUGGGAUGAAAAGAUGGAGUGUGCAAAAAUUGUGCAGAGCAGUCAAGGCAAUGGCAGCGCAGAAGGGAAGCAGAAGACCGUAUACCAGACCCUUCCUCCUAAGCUGCUGUGGAAGAAAUAUCCUCUGCCUGAGAAUGCAGAGAAUAUGUAUUUUUUCUCGGAACUUGCCCUUACACUUAAUGAACCUGAUGACAGCACUGCCCCCACGGACAGCCGGCUUCGGCCUGAUCAGCGAUUAAUGGAGAAUGGCAAGUGGGAUGAGGCCAAUGUGGAGAAGCAGCGGCUGGAGGAGAAACAGAGGGCUGUCCGGAGGAAGAGGGAGGCACAAGCUGUGGAGGCUUUGGAAGAAGGUAAUGACUAUGAAGGGUAUCAGCCGUUGUGGUUUGAGAGAAAGGUUGAUCCACAUACUGGCGAGCUCAUCUGUAUUUACAAAGGUGGAUACUGGGAAUGCAAAGAGAAACAAGACUGGUCCAAAUGCCCUGAUAUUUUCUGACAUUCUGGGGCAAUAAAAAAAAAAGCUUCCAGAUCUCACCACCCUCGAGCUGGGCACGCAGGGUGCAGUAGAGACCAGGCUACGGUACUGCAGCGCUCAGGAACAGACGGCAAAGGCCUAUUUCCUACAGGAAACAACGACAAAAAAGCCAAAACACAUGCCAAAAUAUACACGUCUGUGGAAAUUCAGGGGGAAACAUGGGUCAGAAACAUAUUUUCUAAAGUUAAAGGUUUUGCUCUAAUACAUAGAAAGUUUUCUAGAAUCUAAUAAGGGUGGGAAAUAAGAUUAUUUAUUUUAGUGAUGUUUCAUUAAACAUUUGCUACAUGCAUGUAAGUAUAACAUAAAUAUCUCUGUGUGUAUGUAUGUGUGUGUGUGUGUGUGUAUAUAUAUAUAUAUUUAUUUGUGUAUGUAUAUAUAUAUAUAUAUAUAUAUUGUGUGUGUGUGUGUGUAUAGUGUGUGUGUAUAUAUAUAUAUAUAUAUAUAUAUAUAUAGUGUUCCCACUAGUAUGUGGGCAGGGGUGCUGGGGCAGCAUACGCACGAAAAGGGGGCAUGGAUGGCCGGGGAGGGGGGGUCCAGCCCCGCCAGUGUCAAUAUUAUGGGCGGUGUGGCCCCCGUCAGCAUCACAAAUGGGAGCUUACCAGGCCGUUGAUGUCAGUAAUAGUGGCGUGCCCAGCAAUUACGGAGGUACCGAGUUUCCUCCAUGCUUUCCCUUUAAUGUGAAUAGAUGCUGUGGACAUACGCAUGGUAACUAUUCACAGGGCGGCAUGGCAUGGCAACGGCAGGCUGUUUUAGCAGGGCACCGGUAAAAGGCCAGGCCUUCUAAAACAGCCUAGCGUAAAGACUAUAUAUGUAUGUGUGUGUGUGUGUGUGUGUGUGUGUGUGUGUGUGUUUCAUUAGCGUUUUCCCCAAGAAGGUUAGGAUUAAAAAUCUUGGAUUUUGAGGUAAACUGAGGAAAGAGAGUCCAUAGGUACAUUAUUUAUUUAUGUACAGUAUAUGCAUAUUCUCAAUGUGGUAUGCUUUUAAUUUUGGACAGCAACGUAAUCACAAAUUAAUAUGGCAAUGCCCAUUUCUACAGUUCUUCAAAAUACGUGUACAAGAUACAGUAGUUGCUAGGUUUUAAAUAUUAAAUAACAAGAGAUCACUGUGUAAUAAUGCCACUUUAAUUUUUUUGUACUUGACCAGAGCACUUUUAUUGACACAUUUCCAAAGAUCUGGGCCCACAUUUUCAAGGCAGUCCUCUCCAUAGUGUGGGGCAGGAAGAGAGCAAAACUCAGUCCAGCACUGUUUUGUAAACAUGGGCCAUUAAUGAUUGCAAGUGAAAGGAAUUAUUUGCCACAUUGCAUGGUUUUAAGGCAUUGCUGCUAUUUGUUUCUGUAUUUGAUUUUGUUGUUUUUCAAGUCUGACACCGUCCCUUCUGCUGUUUUGCCUGCUGAACAUCAGACACAUUGCCCCGGUCGCUGCGGCUGCGUGUGACGAUACGCAGUCACUGCGGCCUGCCCCCCACACGGUCCGGGCACGUCUGCAUUGGCCGGAACGCGCCACCCCCUCCCGCCCAGCGACCGCCCCUGCCUGUCAAUCAGGCAGAGGCGAUCGCUAGGCAACGACAGCCGUCGGCUGUCAGCCAUGCGCCGGCGCAUGCACAGUUCUGACCUGAUCGCUGCGCUGCAAAGAACGGCAGUGAGCGAUCAGGUCAGAAUGACCCCCAUUAUACAGUAUGGAAGCUGGGCCGGAUUAAGUGCCAGAUGGGCCUGGGGUUAAAAUGAUCAAGAGAAUAUUGCAUACCUCCCAACAUUUUAAAUAUGUUAAGAGAGACUUCUGCACGCACGCACCUGAAAAGGAGGUGUGGCUUAUGGAAAAGGGGUAGGGCUUUGAGACAUGGCAUGCGGGUGGAACAGCGGGACAGUCCCCAAAAAAUGGGACUGUCCCGUGAAAAUCAGGACAGUUGGAAGGUAUUGUGAGGAGCUAUGAACAGUGCUGUGUGGGUGUGGCCAGUGUCAUGAGGGUGUGUGCAGCCCCUACACUAUCAGCCCCAAUAUACCCCUACGGAUGUAUAAGUGCACCAAUUUGUGAGUAAAAUAAAAACGUAUGAUUAUUGGCCAACAAUGUGGCCGCUGGGUGGCUUGUCAUCAUUAUGCUGUCAUGAUGAUGGGCCUAUUUUUAAAUGGAGAGCUGGGACUGUAGUCUCAUCUGCUCCACUGUUAAUCGGGCACUACGCUGUGACUGGACAUAAUGUGACUUCUAGCUGAAUUAAAACAGAACAAUCAAACAUUGUCUAAAGACAUGCCUGCCUACCAGGGCCCGCUCCAAUAACUUGUCCCCUUGUCCUGUCCACCUCCCCCCUUCCCAUAUAUGGCCACAGUGCAACCCUGCUACCCCGCAGUUUCCCAUUCUGAUGUCGGAAUGAAUGCCCGUUGCUCCUGUGUGUACCCAUAUUAAGUUUUUUUGUUUUUGUCUCACUUUACAAACUGCAGUGCCACUCAUGACCAGUAGAUGGUGAUGCAGAGCCCUUCAAUUCAAACCGUAUUUAGGGGGUCAUUCCGAGUUGUUCGCUCGUUAUUUUUUUCUCGCAACGGAGCGAUUAGUCGCGCAUGCGCAAUGUCCGCAGUGCGACUGCGCCAAGUAAAUUUGCUAUGCAGUUAGGUAUUUUACUCACGGCAUUACAAGGUUUUUUCUUCGUUCUGCUGAUCGUAAUGUGAUUGACAGGAAGUGGGUGUUUCUGGGCGGAAACUGGCCGUUUUAUGGGUGUGUGUGAAAAAACGCUACCGUUUCUGGGAAAAACGCGGGAGUGGCUGGAGAAACGGAGGAGUGUCUGGGCGAACGCUGGGUGUGUUUGUGACGUCAAACCAGGAACGAUCUGAACUGAUCGCAGUUGCCGAGUAAGUGUGGAGCUACUCAGAAACUGCUAAGAAGUGUCUAUUCGCAAUUCUGCUAAUCUUUCGUUAGCAAUUUUACUAUGCUAAGAUUCACUCCCAGUAGGCGGCGGCUUAGCGUGUGCAAUGCUGCUAAAAGCAGCUUGCGAGCGAACAACUUGGAAUGAGGGCCUUAGUGUAGAAUAUACAGUAUAAGAGCAGGAUAUGAUGUGACGUGUUUGACAAAAAUGAAAGAACUGGUACCCUUGAAAUUUUUGCAUAUUGUCCCUGUGGUUCUUUCCAUUCUAUUCUAUUUAUUACAUUUGCAAUCCAUACUGUAAACACCCUACACUUGCCCUUGGGAUCGUUCUAUGUAGCUACUGCAUUAAAAAUCGUUGCUAUUUCACAUAUACACAUGGAUUAAUGUCUACCACAUAUCCGUGUGUGAAUGAGCAACAUAAUCUUCUUAUGUAGACUUGAUGAAAUAUAGUAAAAUGGAUUUGAACUGCAUCUAAAAUGUAUAUUUUCUUGAGAGUUACACAGACGUUACUAUAGUAGCAGUUCUACACUCGGUCACUGCCAGGAUCUCUCCCUGCAUCAGUUAUGUCUAAUUAUAAAAAGGCAAAGAGAACGUUUCCUGUCUAACGAGGGGGAAAGUUCUUCUAACAAUUGUUGUAGAAAACUCAUUCUGUAAUGCCCCAACAAGAUUUAAUGACUUUUCAGUAACACCUAUUAAACUAUUGCAUUAUUAGAAUUAAAAAAAACAAAAAACCUUUUUAUGUAACCUAGAGUAAUAUAAUGUGUUUUUUAUACAAACAAUAAUAAAGGUUAGGUAGUGACUUUAACUGCAUUAAUGAUUGAUUAUAUUAUAAUUUUUUAAAUUAUUUUAUCUGUUUGAGAAUCAUGGGACUAUAAUGUACCCCAUAUUGUGUACAAACGGAAGUAGUUUUAGAACUGUUACUAGCGAUAGCCUUCCUAAUAUUAUUGCUCCUGUAUUUUCAUAUAUAUCUCUAUAACAUGAAGGGACCUCUCCACAGGUAUGACCGCACCUUCGUACCUCCAGUACCUGCCACACAGCACUGAUAGAAGUGCUCUGGUGUCUUAGCACAGACCUGCAUGCCACAUUACAGGUCACCCAGGCACCUAACAAUCAGAGCAGACUUAGCAAGCAGCAGAGAAGUGUUACAUUACAGGUUUAUGUGUGGUGCGUGUGUCACACCAAAGGUACAGUGGUGUAUAGUAUCAGAGGUUGCAGCCAGGACAGGGAGUCUUCAGCUGAGCUACUGUGGAGAGUUAAUUGGAAUUGAUGCAGAAAUCUGGCGCAUAGAGAUCCACAAAGUUACAGUCUCUGAUGUGAUUUAUAUUACAGUUCUAUGGGGUUACAACCUGAUGUAAAUACCAAAAACAAAGUAUAGUGAUACACCGUAUAAAAAUAGGGCAGUGCUGAAGCUAUCGUGCAACUAAUUACAUUCACCAAUGUCCAUCAGUGGCUGCCAAUACAAUGAGGUGGUCACUGCUGUAGAUCAGUGUUUCACAAACGUGACCCCUAGAUGAACUGCUAGGGGUCCUGAGGACUGACUGACACUGAUUUACAGGUUAUUUGGAGGUCUUGUGGAUGAACCUUAUCAUGGGUUUGUGAGGAAGUUAUCACAAAGACCUAACAACAUUCAAGAAAGAAAGUUUCCUAAAGUGAAGUAUGAUAAGUUUAUGUACAGACUGAAACAAUAGUAACCACCACUUUGGCAGACAAUGGUAAAGGAUUGUCCAAAGUGUAUAUAUACCUUAUACAAGGUGUAAUAACAGGUAGAGGCGGCACUCAUAAACUACAACCGCUGUAGUUAUGUCCUAAUGUUUUGGAUGUUUAAUGCUUUGUAGGAGAUUAAACAUCUGAAACGUUAGAUCAUGUUGCAGUCUGUUAUUCAUUACUUGGAAGUUCGCUGAGUGCCACCUCUACUCCUGACUAUACGUGUUACUAGUUUGGAGGGCAUCGGGGCCAUUGUACAGUAUGCAGUUGGAAUUGGAGUGCCAGUUCUACCAUAUAGUGGGCAAGAUGUACUAACCAUCUUGGUACAUUCCGUCAAACAUUGCAUUGAUACUAAUCGCAUACUGUAUGUACUAACAUAUGCAAUUAUUAUCUUCUGGUAAGUACCGCCCUUUGCGAUGCAUGGAUUCCAGGAUUCAGUUGCGGGAGUCCCUCUGUGCACGCGGGAUGUACUAAAGGGAAAAAGCAACCAAAACCCCAUUUUCCGACUUCCAUAUGUACUAAGUCCUGGACACCAGGGCUUUGGUGCAGAAAGUAAUGCCAGCUUUUGCUGUUGUUACCCUAUAGAAGCCUAUGGGCUACUUUCCGCACCCUUCCUGAGAGGGAUCCAAUCGAAUCCCUCCCAGCAGCCACUGAGCCCUUCUGCGCCUGCCGCCGCGUCCGUCUGUGCACGUGCAGAUGGACUCCGGGGGAGAAACCCAAAAGUCCCUGCAUCAUACUGACUUUCUGGCUGCUUUCUCCGGGAGAGAGCCACUAGGUUGGCUCAGCAGGGGGGCUGGGCAGGGCAAUGUGGAGCAGUUGGGGCGGGGUGGGGCAGAGAUGGAAUGGGGGCUUGGUUGCCACGUAGCGUCAUUUAAGCCACGCCCCCGCUCUGUAAUGCUAAUAUUACCAGCAUUAUACUGCAGGGGACGUGGCUAUGAUGACGCAAUCUAACAACAAUUGCGUCAUCGACUGCCCGGACCGCCCACUUUACUCACUAAGUGGGCGACCAGGCAAGGUAGACCAUAAAAAUCGGGAGACUUGACUGCUCUUCCGGGGGGCUGGGAGGGUCACCCGAUUUUCAGGAGCCUCCCGGCCAUUCUGGGAGAGAAGGCCAAUAUGCCCUGCGUUGCAAGGGCAGCUUUUAUCUGACAAGAAUUCCUUUGCGAUACUAAUCAACAGUGACGUGUGGUCAGGUGAGGCAGAGCCUUUCCUGCGAUACUAACGUAUAUGCCAGAGUUUUAACUAUAUAAAGUAUAUGAAAAAUAUACUUUAUCUUCUUUGUAUUAUUCUAAUCAUUUUUAUAGUUUAAACUCUGUAGCAAAAGGACUUUGACAGGUGAGGCAGUGCCUUCCCUGUCUGUCUUGUCUGCACCUCUCUGAUCAAAAGCAACCAAAUUUCCAGCUGUAUGUAUUGCUGCAUCUUUGCAUAACACCCACAUGAACUCUGUGGCUCAUAUAUUGUGUGCAAAUCUGGCUCUGGAACUACAAUAGUUAGUGCCUCCUCAGCCAUUUACCUCACCACAUGUUCCUGCUAAUCACAUAUGUUAGUACAUAUGCGAUUAGUAUCCAUGCAAUGUUUGGCGGAAUGUACAGGAGAUGGUUAGUACAUUCCGCCCACUAUACCUUACACGAGGUGAGCACAAUUAUUGUGCUCACCUUGUUUUUAUAUUUUUAUCCAUUUUGAUCAGAUUUUACCUUCUUAGGACAUUAAUAGAGGUCCUGUAUGUACCAGAGUUCUAUGAAGGGUGAGGAUACGCCAUGUAGCUCUCCCAGUCAGACAGAAGUGUCUCUAGUAGAUGUUGUCUCUCUUACAAGGGAGGUCUGUAAACUUUUACUUCUGUGUACACAUUGAGCUUCCUUAACCUGGUUUAUAAAUCAUGUCAUUUCACCUCAUCUCUCCAAAAUACCUAUUCUAAUGUGUUCAGACCAAUAUAUAGCUUCAUGUCUGAUGAAACCAUUUACUUUCUGUACAAUGAGGACUUGUGUGAGGGAUUACAGUAGAUGUCUCAUGCAGGACAAAAUAACCCAGUUUUCUAGUAUUUCUUUGCAAAGUUUCACUUGUUAGCUUAGGAAAUGUGACAUUGUAGUGGAAACGGCUGGGUUCAGGGCCUCUCCCAUACUGUAGCUGAGGGGUCUGCUGGUUAGACACAGUGGUAUCUAGAGAAGAUCUUGCUGUGAUCAUUUCUUAGUGCCUGAAUCUGCUGCCUUCAUGCAAAGCUUUUUAUUUAUAGCUGUGUUACAUUUAUUCACUUUGGGAGCUUGUCAUAGUACUGCAGGUAAGUGAGACCAUACUGUAUAAUAUUUCACCAUGUCACUGAGGAGCUCCCAUUAUCAUACUGUAUUCUAUUUUUUAAAAAGCCAAACCUGGUUUGGAAAAAUAUAUGAGUGGAAUUAGCUUUAUGGUCAUAGGAAUAAUCUUUUCAAUUGUAUAAAUUAUCAGCAACGGAACUGUUUGUUACACUAAUAUGGUAAAAUAUAAAGAUCUCAGGUUGUACCAGUUAGAAAUCACUAAUGUAAAAUUUCUGGUCUCAUCACUAUGAAGUCUCCGUGACAACAUGAGACGGAGGACUGAGCAAGGAUAACCAGAAGGAUGACUGUACAUGGACUUUAUAUAGGGACUGGACUGCUGGCUUGUAGAGUAUGGUGAAUUGUAAUGAAAAGACUGUACUGUCGAAAGCACGGUGGCUAUAUAUGAAAUGUGAAUAAAACAGUAAAGCUGUGAAAUCAAUCUGCUUUCAUUCCAUUUACCUGAAUAUAGACACAUGCUGUAAGAACACGUUUUAUGUCUCUCUGUCCUCAAGCUGUGUAGCUUGUGAUGCUUUGGAAGACUGACAAUGUACUAAAAGCACAAAAUGUUUAAUGGCUCAAAAACAAUCCCACACACCCAUUAAUAAAUUAUAUGAUCAAA